CGGGAGACCGGCUGCGGUUGGGAGGGAGGACCGGCCAGUUGCCCGCCCCUUUUGCUCCUGAAAGCCGCGGAUCUGAAGGAACUGGGAACUCGUUCGGAGGCCCCGCCUGCUCCUCCCGGGACCGCCGGAGCCAGGGGGCGUGGCCUCGUCUGCGUCUCCGUCUCCGCCUUGAGCUCCGGGCUCUGUCCCGCUGCGCGCGCGCGCGCACCUUGCCUGGGGCCUCCCCGCGCGCGCGCGCAACCCGGACCAGGGGACCCCUGCGCGCGCGCGCGGAAGCCGCCUGGGUGUGAGGCCCUGGGAGCCGCGCUUCCGGGCAGGGGAAGGGCGGCCGGGCUGAACUUGGCCUCACGCCCCCUCCACCCCCCACCCCGCUCGCUGUCCCCGGUUCCGCUGGUGAAACCCGAUCGCGCGUCAGGCGCGGGGCCGCGUGACGCGCACCUGUCGGGUCAGCCCAGGCCCGCGGAAGACCAUGCGCGGGGCCCCGGCCUGAGCCCGGGCAGCAGCGCCCCGCUCUACGCGCCGCCCCGACGUUCCGCGGAGCAGCGGCCGGCUCUGAUGGCUAAGACGAAGCACCCUAGGCACCCAGGCUUUUGGAAGAUGCUCCCAGUGGCCGUGUGGGUGGCCCUGCUGGGCUGCCUGCAGGCCCAGGAGCUCCAGGAACACGUCUCCAUAAUCCUGCUGGGAGCAACUGGGGACCUGGCCAAGAAGUACCUGUGGCAGGGCCUGUUCCAGCUGUACCUGGAUGAGGCGGGGAAGGGCCAUCAUUUUAGCUUCCACGGGGCUGCUCUGACGGCCCCCGAGCAGGGCCAAGAGGUCCUGGCCAAGGUCCUGGAGUCCCUCUCCUGCCCCAAGGAUGUGGCCCCUGAUCGCUGUGCCGAACUCAAGGGCCAGUUCCAGCGACUGAGCCAGUACCGCCAGCUGAAGACUCCUGAGGACUACCUGGCCCUGAGCAAGGACAUGGAGGCCCUGGUCCAGCGGGAGGGCCUCCGGGAGGCCGGCCGGAUUUUCUACUUCUCGGUGCCCCCCUUCGCCUAUGCGGACAUCGCCCGGAGCAUCAACAGCAGCUGCCGGCCGGGCCCCGACGCCUGGCUGCGGGUCGUGCUGGAGAAACCCUUCGGCCACGACUACCUCUCAGCCCAGCAGCUGGCCGAGGAGCUUGGGAGCUUCUUCCAGGAGGAGGAGAUGUACCGGGUGGACCAUUACCUGGGCAAGCAGGCCGUGGCUCAGAUCCUGCCCUUCCGCGACCAGAACCGCAAGGCCCUGGACGGCCUCUGGAAUCGGCACCACGUGGAGCGGGUGGAGGUCGUCCUGAAGGAGACGCUGGACGCCGAAGGCCGCACCAGCUUCUACGAGGAGUACGGGGUCAUUCGCGACGUCCUGCAGAACCACCUGACCGAGAUCCUGACGCUGGUGGCCAUGGAGCUGCCGCACGACGCCAGCAGCUCGGCGGCCGUGCUGCAGCACAAGCUGCAGGCCUUCCAGGCGCUGCGGGGCCUGCGGAGGGGCAGCGCCGUCCUGGGCCAGUACCAGGCGUACAGCGAGCAGGUGCGCCGGGAGCUGCACAAGCCGGACGGCUUCCAGAGCCUGACGCCGACCUUCGCAGGCAUCCUGGUUCACGUGGACAACCUGCGCUGGGAGGGCGUCCCCUUCAUCCUGAUGUCGGGCAAAGCCUUGGACGAGAGAGUGGGCUACGUCCGGGUCUUGUUCAAGAACCGGGCGUUCUGUGCCCAGAGCGAGAAGCAGUGGGUGGGGGACCGGAGCCGGUGCCUGCCCCAGCAGAUCGUCUUCUACAUCGGCCACGGCGAGCUGGGCAGCCCGGCCGUGCUGGUCAGCCGGACCCUGUUCCGGCCCGCCCUGCCCGCCGGCAGCUGGAAGGAGCUGGAGGCCCGGCCGGAGGUCCGCCUCUUUGGCCGCCCUCUGUCUGAUUUCUAUGCCUACGGCCCCGUGCGGGAGCAGGACGCCUACUCCACCCUCAUAUCACACAUCUUCCACGGCCGCAAGGACUCCUUCAUCACCACGGAGAACCUGCUGGCCUCCUGGGUCUUCUGGACGCCCCUGCUGGAGGGCCUGGCCCGCGAGGCCCCGCGCCUCUACCCGGGGGGAGCGGAGAACGGGCACCUGCUGGACUUCGAGUUCCGCGGCAGCGAGCUGGCCUUCUGCCUGCAGCAGCCCGAGCAGCUGGUGCCGGGGCCGGGCUCCGCGCCGCCGCGGCCCAGUGACUUCCAGGUCCUCCGGGCCACGUACCGAGACAGCCCCCUGGUCGCGGCCUGGCCCGAGGAGCUGAUCGCGAAGCUGGCCGACGACAUCGAGGCCGCGGCGGCGAAGGCGGUGCAGCGCUUCGGCCAGUUCCACCUGGCGCUCUCCGGCGGCUCCAGCCCCGUCGCCCUGUUCCAGCAGCUGGCCGCCGGGCACUACGGCUUCCCCUGGGCCCACACGCACCUGUGGCUGGUGGACGAGCGCUGCGUCCCGCCCUGGGACCCCGAGUCCAACUUCCAGGGCCUGCAGACACACCUGCUGCGGCACGUCUGGGUGCCCCACUACAACGUCCACCCCAUGCCUGUGCACCUGCGCCGGCGGCUGUGCGCCGAGGAGGACCGGGGCGCCCAGGCCUACGCUGAGGAGAUCUCGGCCCUGGUCACCAACGGCAGCUUCGACCUGGUGCUGCUGGGCAUGGGCACCGACGGGCACACGGCCUCCCUCUUUCCCCAGUCGCCCACCGGCCUGGACGGCGAGCAGCUGGUCGUGCUGACCGAGAGCCCCGUCAAGCCGCACCACCGCAUGAGCCUCAGCCUGCCCCUCAUCAACCGCGCCAGGAAGGUGGCGGUCCUGGUCAUGGGCAAGCUGAAGCGUGACAUCACCCUGCUGGUGAGCCGCGUGGGUCACCAGCCCAAGAAGUGGCCCAUCUCGGGCAUCCUGCCCGAUUCCGGCCAGCUGGUGUGGUACAUGGACUACGAGGCGUUCCUGGGAUGACCGUGCCUUCGCCCUCUGCUCCCUCGCGUGCCGUCUGCCGCCCGCCCUGUCCCCUCCCCUCUGAGUCCUGCCACCUGCCCGCCUGCCCCAGCGCUCUGGAAUCCGACGCCUUGGGGUCAGGCCCUGGGGGAGGCCCUGCCCCACCCAGUCCCUCUGAUGGCCCCCACCUGGUUGUGGUGGGCAGACGCAGAAAGAAGGAAGCCACGGAGGCCCGAGCGGCGUUUCAGAUCCACGGCAGGAGGGAAGCAUCCGCCCGACAAGAAGACCUGCAGCAGCCACACCUGAACGUCGCCAGCACAAAGCAGGACGGGGGCGUGGAAGCCCCCGGCCCCAGAAGCAGGUGUGCGGUCGGCCUCAGGGAGCUGUCGGAUGGUGGGGGGGCCUGCGGACUGGCCCAGUGGACAGGAGUGGACGGCGGAGAGAAAGGACUGCCGGCCGAGCGGGUGCCGGGCGCCGUCCGGGGCGCUCGGGCUGCUGCGGCCCUUGCUUCCUGUUGCCCCUUCUUCCCCAGCCUCCGACCUUCCGCCUCCUGUCCUGUCCACCGGCUCAGAGUGUCCGGUCCCUUCCUCCUCAGCCCUGACUGCGGGCACCGCCCCCCCCCCAUGCCGGCUCUGUGCCUUGGCUGUCCCCCAGACCCUCCGUUCGCAGACAGGUGGAGGACGAUGACAAUGACACAGCCACCAAUACCAGGUUGUGACCACAGUGCCAAAAACCUUGUGACUUGUUGGGAGCCCUUCCUCGGCAGGUGCACUCUCCACGUCAGGGGCGGGGGGGGGGGGGCCUCAGGUGCUCCAGCUGCUCAGGGAGGACCCCGUCCCCGCUGUCCAACACGCGGGGCGCAGGUGCUCAGGCCAUUCCAGGGAGCCCUUCUCUAAGAGGGGCCUUUGCGUCUCAGGGGACUUCCUGGCAGGUAUGCCCACUCUCUGCCAGUGCCCUCUCUUGUUUACCGGGAGGCCCAGUCCCCUCUUUCUUGGGGGGAGAGAUGUGUCGUCGAGCCACAGACCAUCCAGACACUGAUCUGACCAGACAGGGGCCAGGCCUUUUUGGGGGGCGGCCACGGCGCACGGUAGCGUUGGCUACCGCCCGCCUUUCUCACACUACCUCGAGGUGGCUUCCAGCCUGCCCACUUCCUGCCUGCGGGCCCCUUCUGCCACCUCCCGUGUCACCACGGACACCCUGCUGGGAGACUCAGGGCACACGCCGGCAGCUUCUCCUUGAGAAUAGGUUGGGUGCUCUGCCCUUGAGAAGUAUGGGCCCGUGUUACCUGUUUUUCUGGGACCCCCAGGGGGUGUCUCUGAAAUGCUUUUAAAAAAUCAGAAGUGUCUGUUUUUACUUCAGCCUCCAGCAGAGUCAUGCCCCCAGAGUCAUGGGACCGUGCCCCAUCCCCUGCCCACACUGUGUACCAGGCAGAGGUGACACACCUGGGUCAGGCUGAGGGCGCUCUGCCGGGAGGCAGGGCAUCACAGAACCUGCGUCCUCACUUUGGACGGGUCAGACCGUCUUCAGGGCUGCGGAUGUCCAGGAAUCAUCGCUCUGGUUUGAGAUGGGAGCCUGUGGAAGGGGUGCCUGAACCGGGGCACUCUUUGUUAAAAUUCCGCCUCCUCUGGCCUCCAGCAGCCGGGUCCAGACAGGGCAUCUCUCUGUAUACCAGGAGAGCUGAGCUUGGCGGGACAGAGUCGCAGUACCGCGGUCGGGAAGUCUCCUCCCUUGCUGGAGGUCAGCAUCCUAGCUGUUUUGCUCUAGAGAUGCUGGUGGACCCAGGUGGUUGCAGUUCAGGUGCUACACGUGGCCACACGGGGGCGCUCGUGCACCAUCCCUGCCGACAGGCCAGCGCCAUCUGACUUCGGAGGAAUUCCCCCUUUGCCCCCGCCCUCCCCCCUCUGUUGUACUUGCAUUUUCACAAUCUGCCUGCCUGCGCCCUUGGCCCUGAGCACUCACUCCCCCAGCUGUUCUCAGGGAAUUUCUUCCUCUGUGGUUGCAACACCAGAGAGAAAGCAGCCUCCACAGGCCCGAGUCUCAGUCCAGGAGAAAGGGUGAGCUGCCACCAUUUCUGAAUAAUCGUGAGUCACUGCAGGCCGGAGCCUGGCACGUCCUGUUCUUAAGAGUCUUGCCCGGCCUCAGAAUGCACCCUCUGUCUGUGGAGAGCUUGCAUCUGGGGGUAGGGAUGGCGCAGAGGUGCCAAAGGGUUCCUUCCCAGCAUCCACUGCUGUCUUAAAGUCACGUCUGAAAGGGCCACGAGAAGACAUCAUCCGCAUUCGCUUCCACCCGCUCCCUUCCCCCCGCUUCCCUCCGCCCUGCGCCAGGAAGGAGAGAGUCUCAGAACCCGGCCAGCCCCACCGCGGCUUGCCACACUUUCUGGACCACAGUGCACAGCCAGAAACCCUGGACAUCCUGAGUCCCGCAGAGAUCUGUUCCAAGCACAAGGGCCGUGACAUGGGGUACCCUCUCUUUUCUAUUUUUCAUUAAAAAAAUGCUGCUUGUAAUCUGCUAACUCGAGUUGAUACUCAGCUUGGAAAGCACGGCCGGAAUCCAGCUCUGCCCUGCUCCACAAGCCGAGGACCCGGGCUUGGAGGGGCGGUGGGGGCUCGGGCCUGGCUCCCAUAGGGACGCAGCUGAGCACCUUGGGACUGGGACCCAGGUCUGGCAGUCCCACAGCCCCAUGCCUGUGGCUCGCCCAGCCCAGUGAGGCCACCCGGGCCCUGAGCUGGUGCUGCUUCAGCCCCGGAGGUGGGGUGCUCAAGCCCCAUGGAGAGGGAGGGUGGUGAAGAAGCUCUAAUCAGAAGCCCGGGAGUGAUUGUGACGUGGGGGUUAAGUACCAGGCUGGACACUGAGCAUUCUGUCCAGCGUGGCCUUGCCUGAAUCCUUCCAACUACCCUGCCAGGUGGGCGGGAGGGGGAGGCCCUCAUGUACUGAUGAUUUUGAAACCGAAACAAGUCUGAAGACGACAGGCCUGUCUCUCUAAGCCAGGCAUGGAAGCCGGGUCUUGAGGAUUCCAGACGUGCCCUCCCAGCCGCCCCUCGGUGCCACCUCCUUCCCAGGAGGAGCCCUGGGGUGCUCGCUGCAAAUGACCGUGACCCAGAGCCCUGUAGGGGCAAAGGGGCCCCUCCUGUGGGAGGCCUUGUCAAACGGGCAUCUCUCGAGCAAGCAGCUUCGCCACGUGUUGUCGGGAAAGAGGCGAGGGACUUUCCAGGCUGCUAUGCGCUAGAAUCUGAUUUCGAUCUGGGAACACAGUUCUCUGCUAACCGCAGGCUAACGCAGUCUUGUCUUGUUGAUCUUUCCCGCUCCCCGUUCUCCGCAGACAAUGCUGUAUUCCCAUCCCGGUUUAGCAGGGUGAUCAGGCUCUCUGCCUGUGGGCGAAGGUUCCCGAAGACCCCUUGGGGGGCUGUCAUUCCGGAAUGCGCAGGCUGGUCUCCCCGGUCCCUCUGCGAGCUUUGCCUGUCCCCACCGUGCAGCCAGCCCAGGCAGGGAGAGCUGGGGACAGUGUGACAGAAAGGAAGGGAGAAACGGCCAUCCUCAAACCUUUCCUACUCUUUAGUUUUCAGAAACAAGUCCCGUCCCCGCCCCCGCCCCAGCAAAACUGCAUGGAGCCUCCCACAAGCAGCGUCGGCCUCAUCCUCGCACGGCUGCAUUUUCAUCUUAAGCAGACAGGGCCCUGCAGCCCUUCGUCCCCCAGCAGAGGAGCGGCCUGGCAGCAUGUGGGAGAACGAACAGGUCACAGGAAGGGCCAGCGGCCAGGUGGCUGCGGUGUCCAGCCCACAGGAUCUGCACCCACCCACCUCACAAAAGACAGGGGCCUUCACAGGGUGGUCCCCUGUCCAACCACUUGCUGCAGUGAAGGAUGUGGGCUGUGGUGUACCCCCCCACACACACCCACGCACACACACACACACAUGCACACCCUUCCCCCACAGCCGCUCUGCUGGGCACCACCCUCCCUCUGCAGCUCCCCCAGCUCACUUGGGGUGCUUCUGGCUUUUUUCAGGUGACAUUUCCAUGAGAAAGGGCGCUUCCUCCAUCCCCCUGGUUCUGCUUUCAGAAGACCAGGGUGAGGGCAGAUACCAGCAGGGCCUCCCCUGGGUCCCAGGGCUGUUGCCGCCCACCUGUGCCUUGUUCCCUGUCAGGAAGGCCAAGUUGGCGCAGUGCUCAGGGGCAGUCACCAGCAAGACACCUGGGUGGGGGGGUGGGGGUGGGUCCUGAAGGCAGGUUGCCAGGGACCCGCCUCAGGUCCCUGCCUUCUCCGUCCCUUGCUGGGAAACUCGGCGCUGGGCUUCGGUCAGGCGGGGAGAGUGGGGCCGGGGAAACUCCCUGUGCGGGGCGGGGGGGGGGUGUGGAGACAGUGGGCCGGAGAACCCCCCUCUGAGAAAAUUUUCUCUCUGCCGAGCCAGCAGUGAGCCCGUGCCUUCUUGCAGAGAGAGAGAGAGAGAGAAACUGCCCCUGGUUUUUUAUGGAAAUACUGGGCACUUACAGAUGCCUCACACAAUGAGACACAUUCAGAGUUUUUAAAACGACUUUUUCUAUGUCCAACGUAACAUUUAUUUUUUAAACAAUAAACCUGUUUUGCCAAA